UAAAUAUGUAGCAAUCAUUAAGACAAAAAAAAUAAAAUUCACUCUUCACUUCCCUGUAGCCAUUUUCUUGAUUAACCCCUUUACAAAUUAUCAAUUUUUAAUUCAUACACAGAUCCAAGAUUUAGAAUAUAUCAAUAUUUUAAUAAAAUUCUUUCAUGUUACAUGUCAAAAAGGCAAAAUUUUUUUUUUUCAUAAUCGUAAUGUCCGAGCAAGCUCUGUGCACCUCAACUAAAUCAAUGGGAUAAAAAAAAAUUGAAUUUUUUUGAACCCCAUUUCAAAGAGUUAGAGAGAAAUCAGUAUAAUUUUUCACACAGAAAAGGGGAAAAUGGGUGGUGGAUCUUGGAUAAAUAUGAGGGCAUUUGAUUGGAAUACAGGGCAAACAAUAAUUCUUGUUCUUUUGUUAAUGGUGGGAUCUUUUUAUACUGGUACACUUUUUGGAAAAAACCAAUCUUUAUAUGUACCUCAGCAAGAACAACAACAGCUUGGACAGCAAGAAGAAUUGUCUAUUGCUUCCAAUUAUAGUGAUUCAGAAUCUAUCUCUGGUGCUUUGAAGUUUGAAAACAAGGUGUCUCUUUCGUAUCGAGUGAUACCAUUGAAAAUCCCUGAAACAGGAGUAAAUGUUUGUCCUUUGAAAUUUAAUGAGUAUAUCCCAUGUCAUGACUUGCCUUAUAUUAAAGAGCUAAUGCCAAAACUAGAUCUUUCAAGGAAAGAAGAGUUGGAGAGGCAUUGUCCUCCACCUGAUAGGCGCUUGUUUUGUUUGGUUCCACCUCCAACUGAUUAUAAGAUACCAAUAAGGUGGCCCAUUAGCAGGGACUAUGUAUGGCGGAGCAAUGUGAACCAUACACGUCUUGCAGAGGUAAAAGGUGGACAAAAUUGGGUGCACGAGAAGGGUCAACUUUGGUGGUUUCCAGGCGGUGGAACUCAUUUCAAGCAUGGGGCAUCCGAGUAUAUUGAGAGGUUAGGAAAUAUGACAACGAAUGAGAGAGGUGACUUACGAACUGCAGGGGUAUUUCAAGUGCUUGAUGUUGGUUGCGGUGUUGCCAGUUUCUCUGCCUAUCUUCUUCCUUUAAGUAUAGAAACAAUGUCUUUUGCUCCCAAAGAUGGUCAUGAGAACCAAAUUCAGUUUGCUUUGGAACGAGGAAUUGGUGCAACAAUAUCUGCUAUAGCAACUAAGCAGCUGCCGUAUCCUAGCAACUCUUUUGAGAUGGUGCAUUGUUCCAGAUGUCGAGUUGAUUGGCAUGAAAAUGAUGGUAUUCUACUCAAGGAAGUGAACCGCCUAUUAAGAUCAGAUGGAUACUUCGUCUAUUCGGCUCCACCCGCUUAUAAAAAAGAUAAGGAUUUUCCACAGAUAUGGGACAAAUUAGUACAUCUGACUUCUGGAAUGUGCUGGAAGCUCAUUGCACGGGAAGUUCAAACAGCUAUUUGGAUUAAGCAAGAAAAUAAUUCAUGUCUCCAGCAUAAUGCAGCGGAGAAACUCGUAAACAUAUGUGAUUCUGAGGAUGAUUUUAAACCAUCAUGGAAAACACCUCUGAGGAACUGUAUUACGUUAAGUGACACAUCAUCUACUACAAAGAAACUACCCCCUCGGCCACAACGUCUUUCAGAGUAUUCACAAAGUCUUAGUCGGCUAGGUAUUGAUCGAGAAAAGUUCUUAGCGGAUACAAUCUAUUGGCAAGAUCAAGUUCGCCAUUACUGGAGACUAAUGGAUGUAGAGGAGAAAGAAAUACGUAAUGUAAUGGACAUGAGUGCUUCCCUUGGUGGAUUUGCUGUCGCCCUCAGUACAUGGCCGGUUUGGGUGAUGAAUGUAGUUCCUGUAACAAUGAACAACACCCUUUCUGCCGUUUAUGAUCGAGGUCUUAUAGGCACUUUUCAUGACUGGUGUGAGCCAUUCUCCACAUACCCACGCUCUUAUGAUUUGUUGCAUGCCAAUAAUCUUCUCUCUCACUAUAAAGGUCGUGAAGAAGGUUGUUUGCUUGAGGACAUUAUGCUGGAAAUGGAUCGUAUGCUACGACCUCAGGGAUUCAUCAUUAUCAGAGACGAAGAAUCCAUCACAUCGCGAAUACAAAAUCUUGCAUCGAGAUUCCUCUGGGACGUCCAAUUACAUUAUCUAGAAGAUGAUUGGAGAAAAACCGGUCCUGUGUUAUUUUGCAGGAAAAGAUUUUGGGCCAUUGCUUAAGUCAAUUUCUUUCAUCAAUCUGCAAAAUACCAGUAUCUAAAUCUAUUCGGCCUUGACUAAUUUGAAUUCGCGCUUUGUAGACUCAUUAUAACAAACAAGGGUUGUGAAUGUCGAUGGAACUCGUAGGGUUUUUCCAUCAUUAAUCAAAGAUCACGAGUUGAAUUUCAAGUUAUACAGAAAUCAUAUUGGAGCAUUUUUUUCUUUACAUGGUUCUUACAAGACGUGUAUUCGAUUUAAUCUGAUUUCAAUGCAAGUAUGACAUAUAUAUCGGGAGAAAAUUAUAUUACCAA